AUGCCGAAUGACACUCCAAUCGCUGUCGUAGGCCUCUCCUACCGUGCCCCUGGUAUCGGCAGGAAAGGCCUAUGGGACUACUUGGCGCAGGCUCGGUCUGCUUGGACUGAGAUUCCAGCUGAUCGAUUUGACAAGUCGGCAUACUACAACCCUGGCGCCGACAAGUCCGGCGUCUUCCGAGCGGAGGGUGCUCAUUUCGUACCCGACGACAUUUACGCUUUCGAUGCCGCUUUCUUCAACAUGAGAGCAGAGGAGGCUCGGAACUCGGACCCGCAGCAUCGAAUGAUGCUCGAGUGCGCCCUGGAGGCGGCCGAAGACGCUGGUCACAGUCUCAUUGACCUGGCUGGCAAGAAGGUCGGUGUCUUCAUUGGCAGUGGGCAGCACGAAUACUCUCAGCGUCUCGGCGACGACCAAUUCUCAGCCAAAACGUUUUCGGCGACUGGAGUUGCGCCGUGCAUGGUCGCCAACCGUAUCUCCUACUUCUUCGGCAUCGAUGGACCAAGUGUUUCUCUCGACGCUGCGUGCGCAAGCAGUGUUUACGCUGCACACCAGGCUGUUUCGGCCCUUCGGAACGAAGAAUGCAAUGCCGCAUUCGUAGGAGCAGCAGCAUUGAGUUUGGGUCCAGGUGGCUGGCUUGCACUUGAAAAGACAGGAGCGCUGUCAGCUCAUGGCAGGAGCUACUCGUAUGAUGAAAAGGCCUCAGGUUUCGGCCGUGGUGAAGGUGCCGCUUGUCUACUAAUCAAGCGCGUUGACGACGCCAUUCGUGACGGCGAUCCGAUCCAUGCAGUCAUUCGCAGUUCUGCCUGCAACCAUGGCGGCCGUUCAGAAGGUAUUACCAUGCCCAACGGGAUAGCCCAUCGCAAACUGCUUUUGGCGGUACAUGAGGCUGUUGGCUUGAGCCCUUCCGAUACUCCUGUUGUCGAGGGCCACGGAACUGGCACGGCGGCUGGUGAUCCAAUCGAGGCUGGUGCCUUUGCGGCUGUGCUCGCUAAGGAGCGAUCCUCGUCGAACCCGAUCUACAUUGGAUCUGUCAAGUCCAACUUCGGGCAUUUGGAAGGCGCAAGUGGAAUUCUUGGCAUGGUGAAGGCGAUCCUCAUGAUUAAAAAUGGGGUCGUAUUACCUACAGCAGGGUUCGAAAGGAUGAACCCCAAGAUCGAGGGCAAGGAUAAAAUUAAGGUUCCCGAGACCCCAGUUCCUUGGCCGAAGGGUGAGCCAAAGCGGGUCCUCGUAACAAACUUCGGGUUUGGAGGCAGCAAUUCCGCAAUCCUUCUGGAAGAAGCCCCGCCCAGAUCCGCGGCAGAUCAAGCAAAUGGCCUGAACGGCACAAGCAGCCUAAACGGCACAAAUGGCCUAAAUGGGUCAAACAGCGUAAACGGAAAUGGCAUAAGCAGCACCAACGGCGCACACAGCACCAAUGGAACAAACGGAACAAACGGAGCAAACGGUAACGGCGUUGCCUCGCAAGUUUGGCGAUUGUUCGUCCUCUCCGCCAAGACGGAAAAGAGCCUCAAGUCCUACUUGUCAUCUUUUGACGAGUACCUGGACGAGGCUCCCGAGUCCAGCGAUUUUGCCAAGGACCUCGGCUACACGCUCGGUCAGCGCCGCACACACCAUCCGUAUCGCGUGUCUGUGGUUGCAGACUCGGUGGCCAGUCUUCAAGAGAAGCUAACGGCCGCCGAACCGACCAGAGUCAAGGACCGGACUCUCGCCUUCGCCUUUACGGGACAAGGCGCUCAAUAUGCGCAAAUGGCCUCCGGGCUGGAGCACUACAAGGUCUUUUCCGCCGCCAUGGAGGAGGCUGAAGAGCAUCUCCGAGAAAUGGGAGCAACCUGGUCAUUGGCAGAGGAGCUUGCAAAGCCAAAGUCCCACUCACGCAUCAAUGAUGCCGAGAUCAGCCAGCCGGCAUGUACAGUCGUCCAGCUGGCUCUGGUGACGCUUCUCAAGAGCUGGGGAAUCAGCCCGACCGCGGUCACCGGCCACUCAAGUGGAGAGAUUGCUGCUGCAUUCGCCGCCGGCCUGGUUUCGUUCCGAGCGGCCGUUGCCAUUUCCUAUUUCCGUGGUCAGGCAGCUGCUCGGUUGGCCAAACAGCAGACCCAGAAAGGCGGAAUGUUGGCUGUUGGCGUAGGUCUUGAAGAAGCGACAAGCCUCAUCGAGCAGCAUGCAGAUGGCUACGCGACAAUUGCCGCCGUCAACAGUCCCGGCAGCGUAACCAUUUCGGGAGACCAGUCUGCCAUCGAAAACCUCCACAAGGCCGCCGAGGCGCAAGGUUUGUUUGUUCGUAGGCUCAAGGUCGAGAUGGCGUACCAUUCCCGUCAUAUGGAAGAGGUCGCAGGCUUCUACCUCGAUGCCAUCAAGCCCUACUGCGAAAAGAACGACAUUACGUCCAUCGGCCAGGACGUCACAUUUGUAUCUUCCGUAACGGGACACGCAGAAGACCCGGACACAGUUGACGCUUCUUACUGGAUCAAGAACCUUGUUCGGCCCGUCAGGUUCGCGGAUGCAAUCCUGAGCGUUUUCACGCCACAGAAGCAGGGCAAGGCACCCAACAUCGUCGUUGAAAUCGGCCCGCACGCAGCUCUGAAGAACCCGAUCAAGCAGACUCUUCAGCAGAGCGACCGCCCCAAGGCAUUGUCUUUCACCUAUCUUUCUUCGCUGGUGCGCGACGCAGAUGGAGUUGAGAGCUUGCUCAACCUCGCCGGCACUCUCUUUGCAAUGGGAAUUUCUGUCCAACUGGGAGCGGUCAAUCAAACCGACUUGCACAAUGCCUCCGUCGUCACCGGACUCCCGGCAUAUGAAUGGGAUAAAUCGAGUUACGAGCUCAGGCCGCGAGCCACCCACGAAAAGUUGUUCCCUGGCGAGCCCUACCAUCCGCUUCUUGGAAGGAGAGUCAUUUCCGACGGAGGCAAGGAGCGCGCAUACAGGCAGUGCUUCACGCUCGACGAAAUGCCGUGGAUCCGGGACCACAAUGUGGCCGGUGCCGUCAUUUUCCCCAUGACUGGCUACAUGUCGUGCGCCAUCGAGGCUACAAGAAGAACUCUCUCGUCUCUCGCGGCCGCGUUCCUCGUGAGAGACUUCCAUGUCGUCCGAGGUCUGGAGAUCCAAGAAGAGGAAACCGUCGACAUGGUGACAAAGAUUUGGCCGGCUGCCACUGGGACGGGCACUUUCUCGUCGACGGCUUGGUCAUUUGAGAUUUCGGCCUGGACAGAGGAGAACGGGUGGACAAUCCACGCCUAUGGCCAAAUCGAGCCGGAGAUGACGGACAUGACGACAGAAACGCCGACACUGAAAGUGUCUCUCCCCCUUGUUAGCAACAUUCCCAACUUGAUCGAGCACGAUAUCGGGUUUGCAUACGCAACUGCCGGAGUGCGAGCUACGCGCUAUGGUCCGUCAUUUCAAAACACGACCAGGUUCUUCGAGGGCGAAGGCUACACGGUGCUGGAACACCGGCUUCGUGACCUUGAACUCAAGGUAGGUCCUUACGGAUCGCCCGUUACCGUCGACCCUCCGACACUGGACGGAUUCCUGCAGGGCGGCGGUCCUCUCCAGAAAGCGGAUGACGGGAGGAGGCCGGCGCAGAUGCCCAACUACAUCAGCCGGUUCCGAAUCUCCAACAAGAUCCCCGCGGACCCCGGUCACCGCAUCGAAGUCGUUACCCGCUUGCUGAACUACGAUGUCAAAGGUGGACGCAUGACAAUUGGCGUAGCUGCAUUUGCCCAUGGUCCUGAUGAUACCCUCAUUCCCAUCGCCGAAUGGGAGUCUGUGGCAUUCCGCUCCAUAGGGUCGGCUGAGGAAGACCCCGAUCCGGCUUCCAGCGUUCCUGACAACUGGGCUUGGGAACUACUUCCCCGAUUCGAUUACAUGGCACUCGACGAGUUGACCAAGAGGCUCACCGCUGGGGCGCUGGACGAAGCCGAAGGCGUACGUGCGCGCAAACUGGAAAUGGCUUCCCUGUACUUCAUCGACCGGGCGUUGAAAGAGACAGCCGACGAUGACCGUUCGAAGCUACCAUACCACUUGUCCCGCUUCGUCGACUGGGCGAUUCGCACCGUCGCGAGCUAUGGGAUUGAGUUCGAGGCGGAGCCAACGGCGAUGCUCGACGAGCUGCGAGGUCUCGAUGCCCAAGGCGAAUUGCUCUGCACAAUAGGCGACCAGCUCGUUUCAAUUCUGCGCGGGGAAAUCGAAACGCUCGAGAUCAUGCUCACGGACAACCGGCUCACGAAGCAUUACGAGGCGGAUGUGUCGAACGCCCAUUUCAGCAGGGUCCUGGGAGACUUGGUCGACAACCUGUCCGACCUGGAGCCCAACCUGCGAAUUCUGGAAAUCGGAGCCGGGACGGCAGGCACAACGUUGCCGGUGCUGGAGGCCCUGUCGCGCGGCAGAGACGAGCCCGCGUUCCUCAACUACACCUUCACCGACAUAUCCAGCGGCUUCUUCGAGAACGCGCGUGCCAAGUUGGCCAAGUGGUCUCAGCGCAUCACAUACAAGAAGCUCGACAUUAGCCAGGAUCCGGCGGAGCAAGGCUUCGCUCUUCAGGACUUCGACGUCGUCAUCGCAGCCAACGUUUUACAUGCGACUUCGAACAUGACUGUCACCAUGACCCACGUGCGCGAGUUGCUGAAACCUCGAGGCAAGCUCAUCUUGCUGGAAGCCAACCGCCAUCCAUCUUCGGUGCUGCCGUUCGCCCUGCUCCCAGGCUGGUGGUAUGCCGAAGAUGAGUAUCGCGAUCACGCCGAGGGUCCAAUGAUACCUGUGAGUGUGUGGAACCGCCUACUCUCGGAUACUGGUUUUUCGGGGGUUGAUGUCAGCAUCCCGGACCGUCCAGGCGAGGCAGAGCAGACCAUCGGCAUCAUCUGCUCAAGCAGAAUAGGCAAGCAGGAAGACAACCAGCCGAUCAUUAUUUCCGGGCCCUUCAUGGACGACGAAGAAGUAGAAUUUGCCCAGCUGGUGGCCGACGCUGUUUCGGAUCAGCUCAGCUGCCCGACCGAGACCAAACCGUUUGCUGAGAUCGACCCUGCAGAGGAGCCGUACUACAUCUUCAUCGACUCUCCGCGUCAAAGCCUAAUGAAGGACGUCUCACCGGACACAUUCGAGGGCUUGAAGACCUUGCUUUUGCACAACACAGGGCUAUUGUGGGUCAUUCCGGAAGGUGGCCCUCCCGAGGCCAAAUUCAUCAAAGGUUUGGUGCGCACAUUGCGGGUUGAAAAUGAACCAAAGAGCCUGCUCUUGUUUGACGACGUCUCCUACACGCCUCAGGGUAUCUCAGGGAUCAUCAAGCUUGCCAAAACUCUGAGGGAUCCGGAGGUGACGCGCACUCAAGACCAGGACUUUGCCUGGUAUGAGAACUCGAUCCACCUGCCCCGUAUGCGGCAAAAGAAGGAAGUCAAAGAGCAGUUCGCCGUAGAGCAGGGAAUUUCUUUCCGAAAGGUGCAAAACAUCUGGGAAAGCGACCGCCCUCUGGAGAUGACCAUUGAUGCCGCCGGAAGCCCUGACUCCAUCUACUACCGCAGAACAGAUGUUCCUCAACAGCCUCUCGGUGAGGACGAGGUCGUUGUGCAAGUGGAGGCGGCAGGCGUGAGCUACCGCGAUCUUAAUCUCAUCCUUGGUUCCAUUCCUUGGGCUCCUCCAGGCUUUGACGGAGCAGGCAAGAUCGUCAAGACCGGCUCCGAGGUGGCAGAUUUGCGAGAAGGAGACAGAGUUUUCUUCCUGUCACUCGAAACGAGCGGCUUUGCGACAUACAAGAAAAUGCCGUCCUGGCACGUCGCCAAAAUACCAGCCGGCAUUAGCAUUACGGACGCCGCGAGCUUGCCACUCGCGUACUCUCUCGCAGUCGUGGCACUCAUCCACACCGCGCGCCUCAGGAAGAACGAGACAGUCCUCAUCCAUGCAGCAGCUGGCGCGGUGGGCCAGGCAUGUGUUGUGCUCGCACAGCAGCUGGGAGCCCGCAUCUUUGCUACAGCGGGCACUGAGGCGAAGAGGGAGUUUGUCCAUGAGACCUUUGGCAUCCCCAAGGCUCAGAUAUUCUCCAGUCGCACGCCCGAGUUCAGAGACAGCAUUUUGUGCGCCACAGACAAUAAGGGCGUGGACGUUAUUGUGAACUCGCUUGGCGGCGAGCUUCUGACAGAAACCUGGGCCUUGGCCGCGAACUUUGGUCGGUUCGUCGAGAUUGGCAAAAAGGACGCCUUCCAGAACAACUACUUGCCAAUGAGCCCCUUUGACAAGAACGUGGCUUUCAGCGGCAUCGACCUUCGCGAUCUCUUCAAGUACCGGCCGGAAGAGGUGAAAGACAUCUUUGGCGAGGUUGUCAGGCUUCUUCGAUAUAACGUUGUUCGGCCCAUCCAGCCUGUAACAGUGCUGCCAAUCUCUCAGUUUGCGACAGGUCUGCGCAAGCUCAGGUCUGGUGAGAACAUGGGCAAGAUUGUCGUCACACUCGGCAAGGACGAGGAGGUUUUGGCCGAAAGCGCCCUGCGGCCGACGCCGGUGAAGCUAAAUCCCGACGCCACCUACCUCAUCUCCGGCGGAACCCGUGGCAUCGGUCUCGACCUGGCGUACUUGAUGGUCGAGAAUGGAGCCCGCAACGUCGUCGUGCUGGGUCGCAGCGGUCCUUCUGGUCCUGACGUCCAAAAGCUCUUGAAAAAGUACGAAGGAACUGAUUUUUGCGUGAGGGCCAUUGCCUGCAAUGUCGGCUCCCGUACAGAGCUCACCAAUGCUCUCGAGUCGAUCAAAGACCUUCCCCCAGUUCGUGGUGUAGUGCAUAGCGCCCUUCUCCUUAGCGACAAACUGUUUGAGAACGCCACGUACGAGGACUGGCAGAUCGUCACCGGGCCUAGAGUCCAGGGCGCGUGGAACCUCCAUGAGCUUUUGCCCGGCAAUCUCGAUUUCUUCAUUUCUCUCUCCUCGUUCCUGGGAGAUACCGGUAAUGCCGGGCAGGGUAUCUAUGCUGGCACGGCGUCAUUCUACGACGCAUUUACUCAAUACCGCAAUGCGCGCGGCCAGCACUCAGUCUCCGUCGCCUUGCCGGUGGUAUUGGACGUCGGCUUCGUUGCUGACAAUAACCUCAGCGACAUACUGAAGCAAUCACUUGGCGCGACGCUGACAAUGGCCGACAUCCGAACCAUCGUCAAGGGCGCCAUUAUGGGGCCGUCUUCGCCUUUCCAUCACAACGGCAAGGCCGCAGCUUUCAAGAUGUACCUUGACGGCCAGGCGGUACAGAACGGACCUUGGAAGUAUUUCCACCCGGUGCACACCAAGGAACGUCUCAAGGCCGAGCGUCAGAAGAGAGUGGAGGCUGGCGCAAGUAUGGGCGCUGACAUGUACUCGGCUUCAUGGACUGCCGCUGAAGACCCGCUUGUCGGCCUGACCGAAGCGCUGAUCACAAAGGUCUCGGCCAUGACCAUGAUUGAACGCGAUGAGGUGGGGUCCGACGCUCCGCUUGCGUCCUACAGCCUGGACUCUCUCGUGUCGGUCGAGUUGCGGAACUGGAUUCGGCGGGAAACCAGCGUGGAGUUGCCACUCAGCGCCAUUACGCAGGCGGAUAGUCUGCGGGCUCUAGCAACGGAUAUUCUCGCGCAGAGGGAAGGAGCCCCGAAGGCAUGA